CCUUCCUCUCAACGCCUAGGCGGUUCCAACACCCCUCUUUUCUUCAAGAAGAGAGAAUUAUUCUCAAAGAGAGAGAGUGUGUGUGUGAGACAUUGGGGUUUGGAGAAAAGAUAAAAAAUGACAGAUGAGACGGUGAGAUUCGGCGUUCUGUGCAGUAUGUUCGAGGCGAUGGUGAGGGAUCGGUCGGCGGCGAAGAAACGGAAGCGGUUCAGGACGCUGCUGGACCGGGUGUACACGGGGCGGGACUACUUUAGCGCCGUCCGGCUCAUCCUCCCAGCCCUCGACCGGGAGCGAUGCUCGUACGGGCUCAAGGAGUCCGCCCUCGCCGCCGCCCUCGUCGACGCCCUCGGCCUGGCCAAGGACUCUCCCGACGCCCUCCGCCUCGUCAACUGGCGCAAGGGCGGCGCCCGCUCGGGUGCCAACGCCGGCAACUUCGCCCUUGUCGCCGCCGAGGUUCUACAGCGUAGGCAAGGAAUGGCUUCUGGUGGGCUUACAAUCAAGGAGUUGAAUGAUGCUCUUGAUCAACUAGCCUCAAAAGAAAAUAGUCAAACAUCCUUUAACAGGGAAGGGAAGACUGCUGUUCUUUCUGGUCUCAUUAAGAAAACAAAUGCCCUGGAAAUGAAGUGGAUUCUAAUGAUCAUUCUUAAAGAUCUGAAGCUGGGGAUUAGUGAGAAGAGUAUAUUUCAUGAGUUUCACGCAGAUGCUGAAGAUUUGUUCAAUGUCACUUGUGACCUAAAACUAGUCUGUGAAAAACUGAAAGAUCGAAGUCAACGACAUAAACGGCAGGAUAUAGAAGUGGGAAAAGCUGUAAGGCCUCAGCUAGCUCUGAGGGUCACUGAUGCUGCAACUGCAUGGAGGAAGCUUCACGGAAGGCAUGUGGUUGUCGAGUGCAAGUUUGAUGGUGAUCGCAUUCAAAUCCACAAGAAUGGAGAAGAAAUUCACUUUUUUUCACGGAAUUUUCUCGAUCAUCCUGAGUACAAACAUGGCAUGUUGAAUGUUAUUUUACAGAACAUCACUGUUGAGAGGUGUAUUCUGGAUGGUGAAAUGCUUGUUUGGGACACGUCGACUCAACGUUUUGCAGAAUUUGGUUCAAAUCAAGAAAUAGCAAAGGCAGCUAGAGAAGGAUUAGAGAGUGACCGCCAGCUGUGCUAUGUUGCUUUUGAUAUUCUUUAUGUUGGAGACACUAGUGUUAUUCAUCAGAGCUUGACAGAAAGACAUGACCUCCUGCGAAAAGUUGUAAAACCUUUAAAGGGUCGCUUAGAAAUUCUGACCCCUAAUGGGGGUCUUAAUGAUCGUCGUUUGCAAGGCGAACCAUGUUGGUCCAUUGUUGCUUAUACUGUGGAAGAUGUGGAGAGAUUUUUCAAAGAAACUAUUGAGAACAGAGAUGAGGGAAUUGUGUUGAAGGACCUUGGUUCCAAAUGGGAACCUGGUGAUCGAAGUGGAAAGUGGUUGAAAUUGAAACCUGAUUACAUACAUGCUGGUGCUGAUCUGGAUGUGCUUAUUAUAGGAGGAUAUUUUGGUUCUGGCCGUCGUGGAGGAGAGGUAGCUCAGUUUUUGAUGGGUCUUGCAGUGCAUUCAGAUUCUACUAGCUGUCCAAAACGAUUUGUUUCAUUCUGUCGAGUUGGUACUGGUCUCUCUGACGAGGAGCUUGAUACUCUCAUUACCAAAUUGAAGCCCUAUUUCAGGAAGAAUGAAUAUCCAAAAAAAGUGCCAUCCUUUUAUGAAGUAACAAAUAAUUCAAAGGAGAGGCCAGAUGUUUGGAUUGACAGCCCUGACAAAUCGGUCAUACUUUCAAUAACUAGCGAUAUCCGAACAAUAAAGUCUGAGGUAUUUGCUGCGCCAUACAGUUUGAGAUUUCCACGUAUUCAUCGAGUGAGAUAUGACAAGCCAUGGCAUGAGUGCCUUGAUGUUCAGUCAUUCGUGGACUUGGUACAUUCAAGCAAUGGCAAUACACAGAGGGGAACAGAUCAUGGAGGUCUACAAAAUCAUGGAUCAAAACAUGUAAAGUCCACAAAGAAGGGAGAGAAGAAAAAUGUUUCCAUUGUCCCUGCUCAUUUGAUCCAUACCGACAUCUCUGGUGUUAAGGAGGAGACACUUAUAUUUGCAAAUAUGAUGUUUUAUUUUAUCAAUGUUCCUCCAUCCUCUUCUGUAGACUACUUUCAUAAAAUUGUGGUUGAGAAUGGGGGAACUUUCUCAAUGAAUCUCAAUGACUCGGUUACUCACUGCAUUGCAGCUGAGAGAAAAGGGAUCAAGUAUCAAGCCGCUAUGCGCCACAGAGAUAUCAUUCACUAUUCUUGGGUCUUGGAUUGUUGCAAACAAAAGCGUCUUCUACUUUUCCAUCCUAAGUACUACUUAUUUCUUGCAGAUUCUUCGAAGAGAAAGUUUCAAGAGGAGAUCGACACAUUCUCUGAUUAUUAUUACUGCGAUAUAGAUAUUGCAGACAUUAAACAGGUAUUCAGCAAUAUGCAUGGACCAGAAUAUGCAAACAACAUAGAUUAUUAUAAAAAGAAGUACUGUCCGGUGGAAGCAUUGUGCUUGUUUCAGGGUUGUUGUGUUUACUUCUACAAAUCAAUGUCUGUUAUAAAUACCUGUGAUGAAGUAAUAUCAGAGCUUGCUUUAAGGAGGAUGAGGCUUGAAAUAACCAUGCAUGGUGGUGAAGUUUGCAGCGGUCUUCAAUGUGCUACUCAUCUGAUAGUGUGUUCAACAACGAAAGAAGCCAACAACUUUGAUGAAAUAUAUAAAAGUUUUCCAUCUUCUCAAAGACACCUACUACAUGACAGAAGGCUACAUGUUGUGAUGCAUCAGUGGUUGGAAGAUUCAUUAGAAACAGGCAAGAAGUUGCAUGAAGAUUCUUAUAACUUGAAGCCUGAUACUUUAGAAGAAAUUAAGAUUGAUGAGAGCAGGCACAAUCUCGUAUCUCCUGUAACCACAAUUAAUACAGAAAAACAGAGUGUCUCUAGACUAAUUAUAGGUGAAAAGAGGAAAAGAGAUAGGCCCACGCAUGCUGAUACAAGAAAGGGUAGAACAGGUCCAAGACACAAACGGACAAUGCGGGCAAGGAUUGGAAAUAGACUUGCAAAAAUAGAUGCAGACGAAGCAGAGAACAGUGAUUCCUCAGAUGAAACUUCUAUGGGGAAAACCCUGAAGUCAAGGGAAGAGUCUGAGAUUGACAUCACAGAAAGUGUGGGUGUCAAAAAUCAAGAAUCAUUUUCAGAUGGAAGUUGUCAAAGAGAAGCCUUAGGAUCAAGGAAAGAGUCUCAAGGUGACAUGGAGGAAAGUGAGGAUAUCAAAUAUCAAGCACCACAUUUUAGUAUUCAAGUAGCUGAGUAUCCUCAAGGGUCUCAGAUUGUAACUCCAGAAGAUAGAACCAAUGAAAGGUUUGACAAUGUGCAAACUUUGAAUUUUACAGAAACAGGGAAUAAAGGAACUGGUGAAAAAUUGGAACAAAUGGUUGAUCCACUGCGUGCAAUAUUAUUGGAUAUGAUACCAAGUCUUAGCCAGAAUAAUGUGGAAACUGGAAGCUCCAUUCCUGACGGCAAGAAAGCACAGCCAGACCCCCACACCAACCCAGUGAAGAAGAAAGUUAGCUACAAAGACGUUGCAGGUCAACUCCUCAAAGAUGGGUAAUAGUUUAGAAAUCAAGUGAUUUAGUUUGUGUGCGCGUACAUAGAGUAUGACAGCUAAAGAUGCGAAAGUCUGCAACUCAAGCAGUGCUCUUUUGUAUAUUAUUACAGUCAAGUUAGCAUUAUAAUGCUUGUCUUCGAGAUGUUAUGUUUCACAAAACUUUCUUGUACAUGGUGAAGUACAAAAAUCCUUCUUGAAGGAAGCUAAUCUACUACACUUUGGAUUUUAUGCCGUCA